CCGCCCCGAGCCCCGCGUGGCGCCCCGGCGGGCGGAUGAAGGCGCAGGGGGGCGCGGGGCAGCGCCCGGGGACGACCGGCAGCACCAUGCUCCGCCUGGGCAGGCUGCUGCGGCUCCUGACACUGGUGAAGUUGCCCUGCUGCCUGCUGGAGUUCCUGCUCUCCGAGGCGGCCCUGGGGCAGGAGAUGUACGCGCCGCACUCCAUCCGGCUGGAGGGGGACAUCACGCUGGGGGGGCUCUUCCCUGUCCACGCCAAAGGUCCCCCGGGCGUGCCCUGCGGGGACAUUAAGAAAGAGAACGGCAUCCACAGGCUGGAAGCGAUGCUCUACGCCCUGGACCAGAUCAACAGCGAUCCGGAGCUGCUGCCCAAUGUCACGCUGGGCGCUCGCAUCCUGGACACCUGCUCCCGAGACACCUACGCGCUGGAGCAGUCGCUCACCUUCGUGCAGGCGCUCAUCCAGAAGGACACCUCCGACGUGAGGUGCACCAACGGGGAGCCGCCCGUCUUCGUCAAGCCGGAGAAAGUAGUUGGAGUGAUCGGGGCGUCGGGAAGUUCCGUGUCUAUUAUGGUGGCCAACAUCCUCCGGCUCUUCCAGAUCCCACAAAUCAGUUAUGCCUCAACUGCACCAGAGUUGAGUGAUGACAGGCGCUAUGAUUUCUUCUCACGUGUGGUUCCUCCAGAUUCCUUCCAAGCACAAGCAAUGGUGGACAUUGUGAAAGCUUUGGGAUGGAAUUAUGUAUCCACUUUGGCAUCUGAAGGGAAUUAUGGAGAAAAAGGAGUCGAGUCCUUCAUGCAAAUUUCCAGAGAGGCAGGUGGGCUCUGCAUCGCUCAGUCCCUGAAAAUCCCACAGGAUCGCAAGGACAAGACCAUUGACUUUGAUAAAAUCAUCAAGCAGCUCUUAGAAACUCCCAAUGCCAGGGCCAUCGUUAUUUUUGCCAACGACGAGGACAUAAAGCAAAUCCUGGCAGCUGCCAAGAGGGCUGACCAAGUGGGGCACUUCCUAUGGGUGGGCUCAGACACGUGGGGCUCCAAGGUGAGCCCAUUGCUACAGCAGGAGGACGUGGCUGAGGGGGCCAUCACCAUCCUGCCCAAGCGAGCGACCAUCGAGGGGUUCGAUGCCUACUUCACCUCCCGCACCCUGGAGAACAACAGGAGGAACGUGUGGUUUGCUGAGUACUGGGAGGAGAACUUCAACUGCAAGCUAACCAUCAGCGGGUCGAAGAAGGAGGAUACAGACCGCAAAUGCACAGGGCAGGAGCGCAUCGGCAAGGACUCCCACUACGAGCAGGAGGGGAAGGUGCAGUUUGUGAUCGAUGCAGUGUACGCCAUGGCACACGCACUGCACCACAUGAGCAAGGAUCUGUGUGCUGACUACGCCGGGGUCUGCCCUGAGAUGGAGCACGCAGGAGGCAAGAAGCUGCUCAAGUACAUCCGCAGCGUUAACUUCAACGGCAGUGCUGGCACUCCAGUGAUGUUUAACAAAAAUGGUGAUGCACCAGGGCGCUACGACAUCUUCCAGUUCCACACCACCAACACCAGCACCCCGGGCUACCGCCUCGUCGGGCAGUGGACAGACGACCUCCAGCUCAACAUCGACGACAUGCAGUGGGGUAGAGGAGUGCGAGAAGUCCCGUCCUCGGUCUGCAGCCUGCCUUGCAAGCCGGGAGAGAGGAAGAAGAUGGUGAAGGGGAUGCCGUGCUGCUGGCACUGCGAGCUGUGCGAUGGGUACCAGUACCAGGCCGACGAGGUCACCUGCCUGCUGUGCUCCUACAACGAGCGGCCCAACGAGAACCGCACCGGCUGCCGCUCCAUCCCCAUCGUCAAGCUGGAGUGGCACUCGCCCUGGGCCGUGAUCCCCGUCUUCUUGGCCAUGCUUGGGAUUAUCGCCACCAUUUUUGUCAUGGCGACCUUCAUUCGCUACAACGAUACCCCCAUCGUCCGGGCCUCGGGGCGGGAGCUCAGCUACGUCCUGCUGACGGGGAUCUUCCUCUGCUACAUCAUCACCUUCCUGAUGAUCGCCAAGCCGAACGUCGCCGUGUGCUCCUUCCGGCGCAUCUUCCUGGGGCUGGGGAUGUGCAUCAGCUACGCAGCCCUGCUGACUAAAACAAACCGCAUCUACCGCAUAUUUGAGCAGGGCAAAAAGUCAGUGACAGCACCCAGGCUUAUCAGCCCCACGUCGCAGCUGGCGAUCACGUCGAGUUUGAUAUCUGUGCAGCUUCUAGGUGUCUUUAUUUGGUUUGCAGUUGACCCACCCAACAUCAUUAUAGAUUAUGAUGAGCAGAAAACUAUGAACCCUGAUCAAGCCAGAGGAGUUCUCAAAUGUGACAUAACGGAUCUACAAAUCAUUUGUUCCUUGGGUUAUAGCAUUCUUCUAAUGGUUACAUGUACUGUGUAUGCCAUCAAGACUCGGGGUGUCCCAGAGAAUUUUAAUGAAGCUAAACCCAUUGGAUUCACUAUGUACACUACCUGUAUAGUAUGGCUUGCCUUCAUUCCAAUAUUUUUUGGCACUGCCCAGUCAGCUGAAAAGCUCUACAUACAAACUACCACACUUACAAUAUCCAUGAACCUAAGUGCUUCAGUGGCCCUGGGGAUGCUUUACAUGCCGAAAGUGUACAUCAUCAUCUUCCACCCCGAGCUCAACGUGCAGAAGCGGAAGCGCAGCUUCAAGGCCGUGGUGACGGCCGCCACCAUGUCGUCCCGGCUCUCACACAAGCCCAGCGACAGGCCCAACGGCGAGGCCAAGACGGAGCUCUGCGAGAACGUGGACCCCAACAACUGCAUACCACCAGUAAGAAAGAGUGUUCAAAAGUCUGUUACUUGGUACACUCUUCCACCUACUGUAUAGCUUUUGCCUGCUUUCCAAAAAGGCCCCGCUGCAAAAAAGAAGUACGUCAGUUAUAACAACCUGGUUAUCUAAGCCCGGCCGCGGGCGCGAGGACGGAGAGGACUUCCAUGCGCUGCGGCACGGGCCUCCAGCCGGCCCCGCCGCCAGCUGCUGCCCACGGCCGCUCCGUGAGCCCGGCGUGCGCUGCGCGGUGAGCUGCGGCGUGGGGCUGCAGCCCGGCCCUGCUCCGCCGCGGAGCUGCCGAGCCCACGGCACGGAGGAGCGCUCCCCGGCACUGCGAGGACUCACGGGGGCUGUUCUGUCUUUCUAUGUACUUCCAGACUGCGAGUUUUUGAACUUUCUGUACAGUUUGUGAGGAUUUUUGCAUACCGCCAUCCAUGUUGUUUCUGGGUCACUGUUUUUGUUUUGGUUUUGUUUUGGUUUUUUUUUGAAUGCACAGUUUCAUUGAGGCCCAAUUCUCUGAGACCUAGCGCGUCAAAACGAACAAAACCUAAGGAUCCGAAAGACCUGUGUACAUGACCUGUAUGGUUGCUAUUGUAUCGCCGCGAUCCAUGUAUUUUUUUUAACGAAACAAAAAAGAAUUUAAAGACCAAAAACUGUGCUGGCCAGGUGAGCCCCCCACGUCGAUGGCUGCGGAGGAUGCAGAUGGGAGUUUUGCUGAGUUUUAGUACAGGUCUUGAUAUUUGGAAUGCAUGCCAGUAAUGUAUUUUAUGGUACAUGUUAAUAAUUUAUGUUUGAUAUUCGUAUUUGUGUUCUAUUUUGUUAUUUUAUUUAAGGUAUCUGACUAUUUUGCAAUAAUUUCAAUAAUUCUUAUGGUAUUUGGAAGGAAGAUUAUGGCUUUUACAUGUCUUGAGGUUUUUCUUUGUUGAUGCCCCACCAUGACUGACCAGUGUGGUAAGGACUUACAAAGCAUGUAUGUUUUAUACUGUUUGUAAUAAGUAAUUUCGUUAAUCUUGCUGCUUAUGUGCCAAUUUAGUGGAACCAAUCUUUGCCGCGACCUCCUCCCUUCCUUUCCAUUCUCUCGAUCUUGUGAUAUUAUCCAAGAAUGUAUCAAUAAAGGGUUUUGGUUAACUUUUUUUUAUUUACUCCAAUAAAUAUAUUUUUUCAGUUGCUCCCUCCCCCUUCCCCCCUUGUGACUACACUUUAUUUCGUGACGUUGCUGGAGAUCCCAACCCCUUGGGGCUCUGAGGGGCCACCAGCACAACCCCAUCGCAUCAGCCAUGGGUGUGGGAGAAGAGUGGGAGGAGGCUGGGGAGGGAAAGAAGGAAAAGGCGAAUCGCAGUGCAAAGUGCUGGAACCUAGACUGAGGGCUGGAGCUGACGCUCAGCCGCACAGAGAGCCCACCUCACCUCUCUAUGUUUCGCAGCUCAAGUGCUCCCUUCAGCUUUUGAGUCUUCUUGGUGACGUUCAAGGAUAUUCUUUCCAACAGACACUGAAAUGCAGUUAAAUCAACAAGUAAUCAAAGUCAAUCUAGUGGGCAAUUGUUGAGAGAGCUGGGGGGAAAGGAAAAGCUCUGCGACAAGAGGUGAGAGGAAGCUCUUUCAGACUGCAGCACAGCACCUGCAGAAGCUGCUUUGGGUGACAUCUGACGAUUGCUUUGCAGAGCAUUUAGCCUCCCAUUUUCUCUAGACAACUUGAUCAAUUAUACUGAUGAAGUUAAUCAGCAUCAAAAGAGACUCUGACAGCUGUGGGACAGCCCCAGUGCAUGGCGAUGAAGACCUCAGUGGCAGAGCUGGACUGACUGCAGGGCAGCCCUGGGGCCUGGGGGUGCUGCUCAGCCUUCCAUGGCUGUGCUAAUAUUCACAGAUACAGCCAUUAAUUGCAGCAGACAAAAGAUGACAUCCAAGUAAAGGCUUUGUUAGCAAGAAAUGAAUAAUCAGCCCAACAAAUAACGAAAACAGAGUGGUUCUGCAGUGUUAUCUGUUUUCUCUGCACAGAGCAUAAACACAAGGGCAGAGCCAGCAUCAGGCUGCAGUAAGUGUGCAGCCACCAAACUCUAAGACUCCUAGUAAGACCCUUAAUUUUUUUUUCCGAGUGGACAAAAAUUGGUCUGUUGGUUUCUUCCUUUUUUUGAAAGGAGGGGAUGAGGAGGAGGUAGAGGAAUGGAUGACGUGGGACUGGGGUGCUGUGCAUUGAAGGUGGUUCUGUUUUUCGUUCUCCCACUUCGUGUUGCAUUAGAUCCAGCAGAACCCCAAACCUGUGUUAACACAGAGUCAGUCUCAAAUAUCUGGCACAAAUAGCUUUCCAGUAAACCAAGGAGGCAAUACCAGCCUGCCAUGUUUCCCCGUGUCAGAGUCCUGCUGUGCUGGCUUUGCUCCCUGCUAUUCAGCACCUUCUGUUGCAGCCCUGUGGUGCAGUCAGGCCCUGUGGACUCUGCUCCCUGCAGCACAACCUCCACAUGCAGACCUGUCCUUGUGCACCUCUACUGUACCACAUGUAUUGGUGAAGGACACGAAUAGCCACCUAUGUAUGCGUGAAUCUGCAUCUAGAGGUAACUGUUUGUGUCGCACACGCAAAUAGAAAAACAAGCAUUUAUGCAUGAAUGUUGGUGUUCUAAAAUGUGAGUGCGUUAGCUGGCUUCUGGGCCACCUCUCCCUGUCUGUAUCCAACCUCUGGAGGGAGUCACAGAGGUGAGAGCAGAGCUCUGGGGCUCUGCCACAGUGAAGGUGCGAAGCUGCAGUGUCUGCUUUUCCAUACUGCACAUUUUCAAACCAAAACUGAGUCCUUACCUCCAUUUGAAACCUGUAUUUUACAAAUGGCUGUGCUUUGCAGCACUGCAGUGUUACCUUUGUUUUCAGAGCAUCUCUAGCAGUCCUACACAUGGGUGCAGUGGUGUGCCUUGCUGUCCCCAUCUGCUGCUGGCAAAGGUGGUGUCACGCACAUGACAGCAACAUGCAGUUUCAUGAGGAGGAAGGACUUUGUUUAGACAAGAAGAGCUGGUGGAGUUUCCUUCACAGAAGCCAUGACCUUGUGGCAGUGGGCAUGGUGAGAUGUACAGCAGGAUAGUGCAGCACAGGUACAGACAGACAGACGCUGGAGGAGCAUGCAUGCAGAGUAAGAAGGGACCAUGUGCACAUGCAUGUGAGCUGCAACGUGGUGGUACCCACCUGAGCACAUGAGAGUAGUGUUCCUCACUAAUGUUGUGGUACACACCACAAAAAAGACCCACUAACAAAGUCCUGAGGGAACAGAGUGUUGUUUUUUGGGGGUUUUUUUUAUGCCAUUUAUUACAGAGGCUGAAUCUUGUCCAAAUUCUAUGAGUGAGUUAAUGCCAUGUUUAUUGUUCAUAAAUAUUAUUGCGCAGUUAAGCUUUCUGGACAUGCUAUGUGAUGGAUAAUGACAAUUAUUUAGGCUGAGUCAGAGCUUAGUUUUCAUUUGUGACAUUAAUUGCCUUUAUAUAUAAUUAAAUGCACCAUAAUACAGCCAUAUACAGAAUCUGUGCAUCCAUGAAAGUGCUAAUCAAACGUUUUUAUUAAUUUCUAAGAGCUCUCUGUAAAGGCUUUGAUACAGUUGAGUGUUUUCCAGUAAACAGUCUAUUGGAUAAGAUGCUUAGCAGAAUGUUUUGAUAAUUGCUCUUUGUGCUAGAUGUGCAAUUAAUACUAUUAAUGCCGCGUGAGGGUGGGGGGAGCGGCGCUGCCUCCCUGCUGCUCUGCAUGCUGGGAUCCCACAGCAGUGCUGCCAGCACAGCGAUGCUCCCAAGAGGCAGGUUUGGGUUUGGAGUGCUCUCAUGGAGGUGUGCGGGCCGUUAGGAAGGGACUGGGCAGCAGCAUCCCAGGCCAUUCCUCUGCUCUGUGUUUCACACCUGCAAGUGUAAGUUCCUGCAAGCAAUUUUAAACCCUUGACGUGGGUGUGAUGCGUGUGAAAAAACACUCGUGGCUUUUGGUCUGAAGAAUUGCAAGCAGUGCAGUGAGCACAGUUGGAUGUCAGUGAGCAGAUGGUGGCAGAAAAGGGUGGUAACCUGUGGACACUGCUGCCUGCACACGUCACGUCUCGUAGGCCCUGAGUACUGUAAAGCAAUAGAAUGAAAUAGAGAAAUAGCCAUUUUUUCACAGGGAUAUGAAGAAAGCACUU